ACGCUGUGUUUUGAAUAUUUCGGUGCUGCGGAACGAAAAAAGCCUCAACUUUUACUUGCGGCUGUAUUUUAGUUAGGGUAAAUGAGUAGGAAAUGUGCUGGCUACACAGGCCCCUUUUAUAGUACGAUGGCGGUAAAUCGGCAUCCGUUGAACUGCUGGCUGACUCGGGCGGUUCUAACAGGUGCCACCGAAAGGCGAUGGAUCAGCUGUACCGUGGCGCUCCUGCGCAACCACUACGAUUCGCUCGGAGUAACGCCGAACGCUACUCAGAACGACAUCAAACAGGCGUAUUAUAAACAAUCGAAGCUGUAUCAUCCGGACAAGAACAAGGGCAGCGACAUCGCGGCCGAAAAGUUCCGGCAAAUCACGGCCGCCUACGAGGUGCUGGGCAACUAUCGCCUGCGGAAGCUGUACGACAAGGGUAUUUUGCAUACGGCCGGUCGGCAGUACACCGAUCCAGAGCAGGCUUCAGGGGAAACAGUCGAGGACGAUGCCCAGACGCGGUUCUACAAGAAGCGCAUGACCCGUUCGCAGGCACCAACAGCAACGGGACGCACACCGAUCUAUGAUUUUGACGAGUGGUCCCGGGUGCAUUACGGUUCCCGGUUCGAGCAGAAGAUGAAAGCCGAAGAGCGGUUCCGUAAGAAGGCCGAACGGGAGGAGAUCUUCAAGGCGCGUAUGCAGCACGAGUACAUCAUAUUCCCGCUCCUGCUGUUCUGCCUGUUUUACAUCGCGAUCGUGUUCCAGGAGGGUACCUACGAUACACCGAAACCGGUGACGAAGAAAGAGUCAGACAGUGACCCAUAGUGUGAUGGUGGGUCGAU